CUCGCAGAGCCGCGGCCGGAGCCGGAGCGAGCGGCGGUGCCGGAGCCGCGGGGACUCGGAGCGGGCACGAUGGCAUCGCCAGCACCGCCACCGCCACCGCUGCUGCUGCUGCUGCUGCUGCUGCUGGCCCCGGGGGCCGCGGGGAUGCGGGGCAGGGCUGGCCCGGGGCAGGCUGAGCACACAGCCCCGGUACCGGAGGGGGUGCGGGGCAGCACAGGGCACGGGCAGGCUGAGCACAGCGCCCCGGUACCGGAGGGGGUGCGGGGCAGCACAGGGCACGGGCAGGCUGAGCACAGCGCCCCGGUACCGGAGGGGAUGCGGGGCAGCACAGGGCACGGGCAGGCUGAGCACAGCGCCCCGGUACCGGAGGGGAUGCGGGGCAGCACAGGGCACGGGCAGGCUGAGCACACAGCCCCGGUACCGGAGGGGAUGCGGGGCAGCACAGGGCACGGGCAGGCUGAGCACACAGCCCCGGUCCCCGCGGGCGGGCAGCGGCAGCGGCGGGGCACGGAGGACUCGCGGGCCGUGCAGCAGUACGGGCCGGGGGUGCGGGUGGAAUUCCCGCGGCCCCUCAGCUCCGGCGGCCUCCAGCCCACCCGGGCCCUGCUCCCCUCUAGCACCGACGCCGGGGUCCCCACGGAGCGGGACGGGCCCGAGCCCCGGGCCAACCUGAGCACCGUGUCCGACCGGCGGCUGCAGAUGCACAACCCGCUGUACCCGGUCACCGAGGGCUCCUACAGCGCCUACGCCGUCGUGUUCCUGUCCCUCGUCGUGUUCACCGUGGGCAUCGUGGCCAACCUGGCCGUGAUGUGCAUCGUGUGGCACAACUACUACAUGAAGAGUGCCUGGAACUCCAUCCUGGCCAGCCUGGCUUUCUGGGACUUCCUCAUCCUCUUCUUCUGCCUGCCCGUGGUCAUCUUCAACGAGAUCACCAAGAAGAGGCUGCUGGGGGACGUGUCCUGUCGCAUCGUGCCCUUCAUGGAGGUCUCGUCGCUGGGGGUCACCACGUUCAGCCUGUGUGCCCUGGGCAUCGACCGGUUCCACGCAGCCACCAGCCCCCAGGCCAGCACGCGGCCCAUCGAGCAGUGCCAGUCCAUCAUCGCCAAGCUGGCCGUCAUCUGGGUGGGCUCCAUGACGCUCUCGGUGCCCGAGAUCCUGCUCUGGCAGCUGGCACGGGACACGUCGCCCGUGUCCGGCGUGAUGAGCGAGUUCUGCACCAUGAAACCUUCGUCCAACCUGCCUGAGUCCAUCUACUCGCUGGUGCUCACCUACCAGAACGCCCGCAUGUGGUGGUACUUUGGCUGCUACUUCUGCCUGCCCGUGCUCUUCACCGUCAGCUGCCAGCUGGUGACGCGGCGCGUGCGCGGCCCCGACAAGAAGGGCGAGAGCCGGGGCUCCAAGCAGGGCCAGGCCGAGGGCCACCUCAACUGCACCAUCAUCGCCCUGACCGUCAUCUACGGGCUCUGCACCACCCCCGAGAACGUCUGCAACAUCGUGGUGGCCUACAUGUCCCCCGACGUGUCCAAGCAGACUUUGGAUCUGCUCAACCUCAUCAACCAGUUCUUCCUGUUCUUCAAGUGCUCCGUGACGCCCGUGCUGCUCCUGUGUCUCUGCCGUCCCCUGGGCCAGGCCUUCAUGGACUGCUGCUGCUGCUGCUGCGAGGGCUGCGGCCCCGACGGCUCCUCCAGCGAGAGCAGCGCCGACAGCAAGCUCAAAACAGAGAUGUCCUCCUCCAUCUUCUUCGACAAGCCCCGGGAGACCCCCCCGCCCCUCCUGGCCCUGGGCACGCCAUGCUAAGUGCCACCAGGGAGCCGUAGCGAUCGUUUCACCACCUCCUCCCAAGACCAAACCUUGUUCUGCCAUUAGUACUCGUGUCUGGACGUGGAACAAGAGAGAGACGGCUCAGGGGGCUGCGCCGUGGGCUUCAAAGCCAGCAUGGGGCAGGUGGGAUUGAAAUGCCAGUCCCCAUGGCUACCCUGGUGACCCUCUUGCCUCUGCCCAGAGGUCAGUGAGGACAGCAGCACCCUCCUGUCCCGGCUGCCUGGCCGGGCUCCCCGGGGCUCUGCUCUGGAGAUGGCGUCGUGCCGGAAAGGUCUCACCUGAAACUACAGAGGCUGACCAUGAUGGCUCCCAGAGGACACAGCAAACACAAACUGCCCUCCUCCUGUCCCCUCCCCUCCUGCCAGCCCCUCCACAAGAGGAAAAGGUCCAACUGGUCGUAUCCCACGGAUCCAAGCCGUGCCCUGUAUGAGCUCAAUAAACCAGUAACCUAGAGCACGUCGUGCUUGCAGCCGCUGGCACUGCUGGGCUGAGCCCUGGGAGCCCCUGGAAUGGUUCUUCCCUAAACCUGGGGGCACUGGGGUGGGCAUGGGCAGCUGGGGGGCAGGAGGGCAGGGAGCAGCCAGGGGAGAUGGGGAAAGGCGCCCAGCCCCUUUGCUGCCUCCCUCUGGGGUGAUGCUGAGAGUGAGGGUGCCCUCUGAAGUGUUGGGUUUGGGGUGGUUUGUAGGACCUGAACUGGUCUCAGUAAAGUCCAGCCAGCCCAGCACAGGGCUGAGGUAGCCCCCAGCCUGGUUCCCCAUGUGCACUAUGCACAACCAAGGUGCUGCUACUGCAGUGCUGUGGGAAGAUGUGGGACCACCACCCCCAGCACCCCUUGGGGUGACAGCAUCUCCCCAAACUGCCCCACAGGGCUCCUGGCCCUCCUCCACGUGCCCAUUGCAGGGCGGUUUCAGGGCACCAGGGUUUCCAAGCCCACAUGUUCCCAGCAGGGCCGGGGGGUCAGGAGCAGGCGGGACGGAUCUGCCCGAGGGCAGCCUGGCCAUGCAGCCCCGUCCACCGGAGCUGUUAGAGCUCCUUGUCCCGGGGCUGGCAGCCACCCAGCCCCGGAGUGCCAGCGAGAAGGAGCCGGUUGCCAGGGGCAGUGAAAGGCAGGGGCUCAGAGCGGGCUUUGUGCGCAACACCCACCGGCCCCGCGCGCGCUUCGCUUUCGCAGAGCUGUUUCCAGGGAAACAAAAGGCCCAGUUUUCUUUUGAGAACACAAAACUGGGUUUUUCCUUUCAUCCUCCUCGCUGCGAGCCCGUGCUGGGCCCCACGGUUUGGGAGAGGAGGGGUCUGGUCUCGGCCCAGGGAUGCAGGGGGCUCAUACCCAGGCCGUACCUUUGGAGUGCCCAUGGGGUCAGCGGGGUCCCGGGAGGGUCUGGGGGCUCUGGGCUGCUGGGGGAGGGCACCUCUCAUGUGCCUGCUCCACAUGGCUCCUCCUGAGCCUGGGCCAAGCGUGAACAAAGCCAGGCUUGUGCUGCAGGCGUGGGGAGGGGCAGGGGGUGCAGGCAGCACUGGCACCGUGCCUGUGGCAGCACCCCCGGGCCAGCCCCGCUCCCACCCUGGGGCAGCUGACAGGGCAGGGCAGGGCCACCCCCAGGACCCCAGCAGCGAUGGUCACCCCCUCCUGGGGACAUGGAGGCGCCUCCUAAGGACACAGCAGCCCUGCAGCAGUGGGAACAGCCCCCAGAGGGAGCAGGAGCACUGCAGGACCCCAGACCCAGCAGGGCUCUGCAGCAGUUCUGAGACACAGAAGGUCCAGAGGAAGCUCCAUGGAUGCAGUGCCCAAGCUGGUCUUGGUACCCAGGCCAAAAAAACAAGGAUCUGACACCAUCAGAGGUGCCUGCUCAAUGGCCACACAGUGCCCAGUGCCACCCAGGGGACAGGGACCUCCCUCCCAGGCAGGGCCCCCAAGGAUGGGUGGCAGAGAUGGGGAGGAAGUAACGUGGCAGCAACCACAGCCGCAACGCAAAAUUGUUAAUUUAUUAUUAGGAGGCAAAAAAAUUGUACAGUUACAAGAAUCAUUUCCCAACAGAGGUCAAAUCUGAGUCAAAAUAUCUCUUACAAAAAAAAAAAAAAAAAAGGGAGGGUGGGGGGGAGACAACACUUUACAAGUCGUUAAAUUAAAAAAAAAAAAAAAAAAAAAACCAAAAAGAAACCUCUCUUUGUGCAAUUCUGCAAAAACAAGAACAGAAGGUAAAUUCCCAGCCUGACACCCUGGAGCCCAGUGGGAAGGGGCUGGGGGGGCUGCAGGGCUCCCACCCUGUGCCCCAGCCCUGCACUGGCACCAGCACUGCCUCCCCUGCUCACCCAGCUCCAGUGCCAGCCCAGCGCCCCAGACUGGCCCCAAACAACCUGGCCAGGCCCCAGCCCAUGGCACAGACAUGGCACAGCCUUUGUCACCCCCUGUGCACACACAGACCUGACCACUGUCCCCACAAGCCCUGCUGGCCCUGCCCCACAGCUCCUGUGCCCCCCAGCCAGGGCAGCAGAGCAGGGGGGGCAUGGGGAGGGGGCAUGGGGAAUGGGGAGAGGGGAGUGGGGAGAGGGGAAUGGGGAAUGGGGAA